AUGUCUCUCACUGACGCAUAUAACAGUGUUAAACGUGCGUUAUCCACCGCGCCCGCCAACGAUGCAUACCUCCGCUGGGACGCUGCGGGCGUCGAAGAUGCAAAGUCCAAUGAGGAAGAAAAAGCCAGGCAAAUUGGGGAAACGAUGAAUAAGAUGCAGCAACACAACUUUGAUCAGCAUCGUCAUGCAUUUCGGGCGACACAUGUAAAGACGCAAGGAAUUGUAAAGGGCAAAAUGACCGUUCUCGCGGAACUCCCGGCGCAUCUCCAACAAGGCCUCUUCAAAACUCCUGGAAAGACGUACGAUGUCGCGGCACGAUAUGCUAGUGAGCAGGUCUUCCUGCAGGCAGAUCAAGAGCCUGGACCACGCGGUGUGGGUAUGCGCAUUUUCGGAGUAGAUGGCGAGCGGCUGGAGGGCGCUGCUGCUGAUGCGAAGACGCAAGACUUCUUUUUCAACAAUGCUCCGAUGAUCGAGCUGACCGACAUUGACACAUGCUUGGAGAUUAUGCAAUUGAGAGAGAAGUACUUCGACAGCCCCACAAAGCUUGCCGCAGCGACCAAAUACGGUGAUUACUACGGCCACAUGGCGCUGUUCCCCAUCCUCGAUGACAUGACCGACCACUCCGAGAAAGUCAAAUCCAGUGACUCCCGGGAAGCAUUGCGCUACUGGCUAGCCGAAUACUUCUCCAAGAAUGGCGCAAAGUACGAGUUCAAGAUCCAACUGGGUACUGCACCCGAUCAUCACCCGACUGAAGAUGGUUCUGUCGUUUGGGACGAAGCGACGGCACCGUAUCAAACUAUUGCGACGGUUGAAUUCCCGCCUCAGGAUGCAAUGAGCGCCGAAAGGAGGACGUUUUGGGAAGACCGGAUGAAACUGAGUCCUUGGGAUGCGCUGGCCGAACACCGACCCUUGGGGAGCAUCAAUCGGCUGAGGAAGAUUGUGUAUGACAUGAGCAGGAAGAAGCGAGAAGCCGUCAAUGCAACGCAAACCAAAGCGGUCAACCUGUUCGGUGGAAAUGCGGGUCUUGAACUUUGUGCAUCUCACGUUCGCUUCGUCGCUCGCUUCAUCAUGCAUCUGAGCACAAUCACACUCGCUUCCUUGUGCUUUGCGCUCCGCACCCAAGCCAUCGGUCGCGCAAUUGUAACGAACCAAUGUGACGAGCCAGUCUACCUCUGGUCUGUCGGCGGCAGCGUCGGCGAGCAGAAAGUCAUCACAAAAGACACGUCUUACAGCGAGGUCUUUCACACUGACCCUGCGUCUGGUGGCGUCGCACUGAAGAUCAGCCCCGUUGAAGGCGGCCUAUUCAAACCUAAUGUUAGUCAGACCAUUUUUGCAUACAGUCUCGAUGCGAGUCAGGUCUGGUACGACAUGAGCGACAUGUUUGGUGACGGGUUCGCCGGGCGCACGUUGAAGGUUACGCCUACGGAUUUGACGUGUGAAAGUAUCACGUGGGGCUCGGGAAAGCCGCCGGCGGGUAGUCAGGUUAAGAGCUGUGGGGCGGAGGCGGAUGUGGAGUUGACGUUUUGUACGGGGCAUUGGUGA